AUGCGUGAAGGUGGCUGGCAACACCCUGUUGCAGUGGUGGCUGUGGGCCGCAUGUGCUGCUCACUGCACGACGUGCUGUACGGGUUGGUUGCGUCAGAUCCUGCCGAAUUCAAACUCCGUUCAGUGCUGAUGGACUGCAAAGUAGAAGACGACGUCGAGGUUGAAACAAUCACGGCCCCGUCGGAAGCAAAGCCGUUCGAGUUUAUGGGUGUGACAAGAUAUGUAGUCCAUCGCGGCUGCUUCCAUCGUCCGCAUGAGUAUGUGCUUGUGGCUGCUACGGGGGAAGUCUUCACAUCAUGCGGGGAGCAUCUAGGAUACCAAAUAUGUCAGUCUGUGUCGAUAUCCCAGUGGCCGGUGACUAGCACGGCGACUCGAAAACGGAUGAUUCGAGCCCAAGUGCUGCGCGAGCUACCCGAUGGUUCUGUCGGGGUUUACUACAAGAUCAUCGUGGAUUCCAAACCUUUCGUACCAGACUCCGUCGUACAGAUUUCACUGUGGCAUGAUGUACAGAAUUUCUGGAAAAUGGUACCGCGUUGCGCUGAUGCCAAGAAGCUCUGCUAUUGCGUCGAGCACAAGGAUAAGUCUCGGAGAUAUUGCAAGUUCGCUCGGAGCAAUGUGGGAUGGAAUUUCUCAAGCGUAUCGGUGCACAAUUUGCUCGAUACUCUUAUGUUUAAAGACGCGCUGUUGCUCGAUGCGACAACUCGCGCGAAUUGA